AUGAAGUUCUCCCACAGCAUCCAGUUCAACGCUGUUCCGGACUGGAGCAGCAACUACAUCUCCUACAGCAACCUCAAGAAACUCAUCUACACCCUCGAGAAGCAAAUCAACCGGCCAGCGGGUGAGGCACAAGCUCAAGAUGAAGAGAGCACCGCCCUGCUGGGCGGUUCGCUCGAUCCGGACACCACGUUCAAGCGCAUGCUGGACUCGGAGUUGGACAAGGUCUGCUCGUUCUACCGGCUGAAGGAGCUGGAAAUCUUCGGCGAACUCGACCAGCUUUUGAAAGAUGUGGAUUUUUACAAGGUCGAGACGCAUGACGUGGACAUGGACGAGGUGGUCGAAGCCGAGAACCGUCGGAAGGCCGUGCGCUCGUCGAGCAUAUUCAACGUGCCCUUCCGUCGGCGGAGAAGGGCGUCGACGAUGAGUGUCAGUCUCGAGGAACCCGAGGGCGAGGAUGACAGCGAUAGCGACGCCGAAGACCAUGCCGCCAUGAUUAGGAAGAAGGCACCGUCGAACCGCCCACGGAGUAAGAGCACCUGGAACACCGAUGGAUCGGAAAAUUCUGCCCUGGCCGAGUCCCGCGAAGACCUGAGAGCGCCCGACUCGCCGGUGUUUCUUAGGAGGAGACCGAGCCUGGCCAUGGAGCUGGAGGCGUCGGAUCCGGGUCACCUGUCGUCGCUGUACGAUUCCGGCAUUAAUUUGAAAAAGCGGAUCAUCAGCAUCUACGUUUCCUUGUGCGAGUUGAAGUCCUUCAUCCAACUCAACCACACCGGCUUUAAGAAGGCGGCCAAGAAGUACGACAAGGUGUGCAACCGCGACAUUCGCAAGGACUACAUGGAGAAGUCGGUCAAUCCCUCCUACCCGUUUCAGGAAAAGACGAUGGUGCAUCUCGACGAGAACAUCGCGAAGGUGGAAAAGGCCUACGCCGAGGUCGUCACCAAGGGCGACCAGAGCAUGGCGCGGAGAGAGCUCCGACUCCAUCUCCGGGAGCACGUCGUGUGGGAGAGAAACACCGUCUGGCGAGAGAUGAUUGGCAUCGAGCGGAAGGCUCAAGCCGCCAACUUUGGCAUCCGGCAGACUCUGCUGGGCGGAGUACAAGAUCCGUCAAAGGCACGACUACAGGGUGACCGAGAAGCCGUCGACACAAAGGAAAUCGUCACUCCCGUGGGCCGGUACAGGUGUCCAAAGUGGUUGUUCAGUGGCACUCUGUUCGCUCUCGUCGGUAUCCUGGCGGUUUUCCUGGCCUUGCUUUACAUCCCGAUCAUGAAGAGUGCAGAGCAGCAAAACUGCUUGGCCAUGUUGGUCUUUGUGUCGUUGCUCUGGGCCACCGAGGUGAUUCCCCUCUUCGUUACCUCUCUGCUGAUACCUUUCCUGGUGGUCGUCCUCCGGAUCAUGCGAUCAGAAGAUAAACCUCAUCACCGACUGAGCUCGAAGGAUGCGACCAAGGCCGUCUUUGCGGCCAUGUGGACGCCGGUCAUCAUGUUGUUACUCGGCGGCUUCACCAUCGCGGCAGCACUGUCGAAAUACCACAUCGCAAAGAUGAUGGCAACAUUUGUGCUCAGCAAAGCCGGCACCAAGGCCCGCAACGUGCUCAUCACCAACAUGUUCGUCGGCAUGUUCUUGAGCAUGUGGAUCUCCAACGUCGCCGCGCCUGUGCUGUGCUUCAGCAUCAUCCAACCGAUCCUGCGCAACUUGCCCGCAGAUAGCAACAUGUCCAAGGCAUUGAUUUUGGGCAUCGCUUUGGCGUCAAACAUUGGCGGCGCCGCCUCGCCCAUCGCCUCUCCGCAGAACAUCAUCGCGCUGCAGAACAUGAAACCUUCGCCCAGCUGGGGCAUCUGGUUCUUCAUUGCCUUGCCGGUGUGCAUCCUCAGCAUCGUGAUGAUCUGGCUUUUGUUGGUCGUCAGCUUCAAGCCAGGCAAAGGCACUACCAUUGUGCCCAUUCGACCGAUGAAGGACAAACUCAAUGGCGUGCAGUAUUUCAUCAUCUUUGUCACGCUGAUCACCAUUGUCCUGUGGUGUGCUUCCCAUCAGUUGGAAAGUGUGUUUGGGGACAUGGGCGUCAUUGCCAUCAUCCCUCUCGUCUUGUUCUUCGGCACGGGCAUUUUGACCAAGGAAGACUUCAACAAUUUCCUCUGGACGAUCAUUAUCCUCGCCGCCGGAGGUCUUUCUCUGGGUCGUGCAGUAUCCUCGUCGGGGCUGCUCCAUUCCAUUGCCAGGGGCAUCACUGAACGGGUAGACGAUCUAUCCAUAUAUGGGGUCCUCGUCGUCUUUGCUUUGUUGGUGCUUGUGGUUGCCACAUUCAUCAGCCAUACGGUGGCGGCACUGAUCAUUCUACCGCUUGUGGCCCAGGUGGGCGAGAGCAUGAAGGAGCCGCACCCGAAUCUGUUAGUCAUGGGCGCGGCGUUGAUGUGUUCAGCGGCGAUGGGGUUGCCCACGUCCGGGUUCCCGAAUAUGACUGCAAUCAUGAUGGAGGUGCCCGAAACAGGCGUGCGGUAUCUGCGCGUGAAACACUUCUUGACCCGCGGUAUUCCAGCUUCUGUGAUUACGUUUGCCAUCGUGAUCACAGUCGGGUAUGGGUUGAUGAUGGCUGCCGGUCUGUGA